AGUCAACUUUGGGCAAGGAAGAAAAAAGUGAAAUUUUGAGAACAUAUAAAAGAAAGAAAAUAAAUUAAGGAUAAGUUUGGAAUUGGAUUGGGAGAGAGUGAAAAUGGAGUUGGAAGCAGUGAAGAGGUAUUUGGAGAAAGGAGUGGGAACAUCAUCGGAGGUUGAUGCUUUGCCACCGAGGUUUUUGGAACCCCUAAUAAUGAAUUCGCUUAAGGUUGAUCUCAUUGAACCUGGUCGCAUUCUCUGUUCCAUGAAGAUACCUCAACGUUUACUCAACGCUGACAAUACGUUGGAAGGUGGUGCCGCCGCUGCGCUGGUGGAUGUGGUGGGUUCCGCCGUGAUUCCCACCGUUGGGUGCGGUCCGAAUACGGGGGUUUCCGUUGAGAUUAAUGUUUCCUACUUGGAUGCUGCCUAUGUCGAUGAGGAGAUUGAGAUCGAGGCCAGAGCACUGCGUGUUGGGAAGGUUGUUGCUGUUAUAAGCGUAGAGNAAAAAGAUGACAGCGAUGAAGAUGAACAUCACUCUGACAAAUGCCCUCACGAUAGUGGGUUUUGCUGUAAGAAUCAUGAUGAAGCUGGCCCAAGUAGCUAG